UUCAUUGUCACUGUUGUGUUGGACGAGCACGGCGCGACUUCAUCCUCCGCCCGAAUUGACUAUUCCGUUUCCCUAGGGCACCUCUUCCCCGGGCGCAGGCAGCCCUGUUGAUUCCUCUCGUCAUCCACCAAAACCAUGUCCAAUAUUUUCUCAUUUGAUUCGGCCCCCGGCGGCGCGUCCAAGGGAGGAGGUCUUUUUGGGUCUGCUGGCGCCAAUUCUGGCUCGGGCGCAGGCUCGGGCAACCUCUUUGGAAAUGUAGGAGCUCCGACAAACGGCACUUCCUCGCCUCUGUUCGGGGGUGCUGCUGGCAGUGGUGCUGGAACAGGCACCAGCAGUGCUUCGCCUUUCAGCUUCGGAACCCAGAACAAGCCUGCGGCCACUGGCCAGACAUCGCUGUUCGGCAACACAUCACAAACUCCCAACAAGUCGACCGAAACUGCUAGCUCCGGACAGACAGCCACGAGUGGGCUCUUUGGAAAUGCAUCGAAGCCUACUGGGGGUCUCUUUGGCAAUGCCACUUCCACACCCGGUCAGACUGGAGGUUCGUUGUUCGCCAAUGCCUCGUCCACGACGCCCGCCGGCCCUCCCCCGCAGGGAGCGACUGGCCAGACGCAAACGCUCUUUGGACAGGCAGCACAGAAGCCUGGUGGUCUUUUCGGUAAUCUGAACUCGACUACCCCGGCCACAACUACGACCUCAUCGACCACCCCGUCUUCUACGACCGCUACAGCCCCUGCUACCACCCCGUCGCUGUUCGGGGGCGCCGCCGCCAACUCCGCCACCGCUUCGCAGCAGCCGUCGACCGGGGGUCUUUUCGGGGGGAACGCAGCGCAAAAACCCAUGUUUGGUUCAAACCCGGCGCCUUCUACGGGGGGCAACCUGUUCGCCAAUGCCAAACAGCCUGAUACCACCACAAACACUUUGUUUGGAAAACCUCCUAGCGCGACACCGACAACCGAGGCAGCAGCAACAGCAGGAGGCGGCGCGCAGACAUCGUCUCUCUUCAAGGCCCCGACGUCUGGAGCUGAUGCCACCAAGCCAGUCUUCCCUUCUCUGGGUACUCCGUCUUCUACCCCACAGUCCACCACGACCCCAGCUUCCUCCUCUGCCACUCCGCAGAAUUCUCUCUUCCCAGCCCUAGGUGGAGCUACCUCGUCGGCAACUCCGUCGUCGACACCUGCUCCUGCUGGUGGCUUGUUUGGUGGACUCGGUGGCGCCAAGUCUACGGCCACGACGACCCCAGCCACUACAGCCACCGCAGCACCCGCGGCGCAGCCCGCAGCGGCUACCGGUGGGCUGUUCGGCAAGCCCGCGGCGAGCACGCCGUCUACGCAGCCCGCUAGUACUACUGCCAGCACCACAACCACCACUACCACCACCACUGCCGGCGACAAGCCUUCCCUGGCCGCCCCUUCGACCACCACUGGCACAGCCGGCACGACCGCAACGACCACCGCGACGGGCGGCAUUGGCCUUGGUGCAUCGACUGCAGGACCGACUCCACCCGCCCAGUCCCGCCUGAAGAACAAGACUAUGGAUGAGAUCAUUACCCGAUGGGCGACGGAUCUGACCAAGUACCAGAAGGACUUCCGCGAGCAAGCGGAGAAGGUUGCAGAAUGGGAUCGGAUGCUGGUCGAAAACGGCACCAAGGUGCAAAAGCUGUAUGGUAGCACGGUGGAUGCUGAGCGCGCUACUCAAGAAGUGGAGCGUCAGCUGGCAUCUGUCGAGGGCCAGCAGGAAGAGCUUGGCUCGUGGCUUGACCGGUACGAGCGUGAAGUGGACGAGAUGAUCUCCAAGCAAGUUGGACCGGGUGAAACCCUCCAGGGACCCGACCAGGAGCGUGAGAGGACAUACAAGAUGGCGGAGAAGCUAUCAGAGCGUUUGGAUGAGAUGGGCAAGGAUCUGGCCAGCAUGAUUGAAGAAGUCAACGGCGCGUCCGCGACCCUCAGCAAGACAAACAAGGCGGAUGAGCCGAUCUCGCAAAUUGUCCGCAUCCUCAACUCCCACCUCGCGCAACUGCAAGUCAUCGACGUGGGCACCAACGAGCUCCAGGCCAAGGUGAACGCCGCCCAGAAAGCGGGCCAGUCUCUGUCCUCCCGCUUUGGCUACGGGCUGGGCAGCUCGAGCAUGGGCGCCAGCGCUGCGGACGAUUUCUACCGCUCUUACAUGGGACGACGCUAGGGGAGUUAUGUAACAAGGUACGGGAUGGUUUAGGCAUGCUAUUUUUCCGCUGUUUACCGCUGGAGUCUUUCAAUGGGAAUAAUGAUAAUCGCC